AUGGGAUUGCAAUGCAGUUGCUUUGCUUCCUCCAUAAGCACAUGGAGCAUGACAUCUCUAAUAUCUGCCCUGCCUUCCGUUGCCUCUUCUUCUUCAUCUGGGUUAAGAUUAAGAUCGUCCAAAGUGGCUGUGCUGCGCUCUUUUACUGGCCUUGCUCCUCCUAAACCCCUUCUCCGCACUAUUGCUUCACCAGUUUUAUGUGACGGUUUGAUGGGACCUGUUUACAAGUGUUCCAUUCUUCAUCUUGAUUUUUUUUUCUACGUUGUUGGCACCGAAUUUAGCAGCUUUGAGCAUUGUUUUACGACUAUUGACAAUGGCAGUCGAGUUUUUGCCAUGAGACAUGGGAGGCGAGUCCCCAAACUCCCCCUGACCAACGCCUGGGCACUGCUGCAAGACCUCACAACUCAGCUUCUUAGACACGGUCAUAUCAAAACUACUAGAGCCAGGGCAAGCGCAAUGUGGAAGUACAUUGAUAAGAUGAUCACAUUGGCAAAGGAUGGAACUCUUCAUAAAAGGAGGGAAGCUCUCGGAUUUAUCUACGAGAAGCAGAUUGUGCAUGCCUUGUUUGCAGAGGUUCCAGACAGAUAUGGGGAGAGGAAUGGAGGGUAUACAAGAAUUGUUAGAACUCUGCCAACAAGGCAAGGGGAUAAUGCGCCUAUGGCCUACAUUGAGCUUGUCUAGCUUUUGGCUGCAAACAAUCUCUCAUGUAUUGCCUUCCU